AUGAAGCGUACAAGAUCUUCCGUGUCAAACGUGGAAAAUUUAAAAAAGUGUAAAUAUUGCAGACAACCCCCGAAUAAAUACAGAUUUAAAUCGGAAGGUGAAUUCAGCAAAUGUGUCGACGAAGCUGAUGCGAUAAUUAAUUUGGGUUAUUUAAGUACCAGCGACAAAAAUGAUUUGCCAUCUUUUAAGAUUACAAAUGUCAUGAUAUACGAUAAAAGUGGUCAUUUCUGCACUUUUGACGAAGGACUUAUAGAAAAAGGUGUUGACUUAUUUGCGUCUGGAUUCGUUAAACAAAUAGAUGAUGAUGAUCCAUCAACUAAUACUGGGGUACCAGUUAUAAACAUUGGACCGAUUGAUGAAUGGUUUACAGCGGGCUUUGACGGUGGUGACACAGCCCUCGUUGGAUUUCAAAGUAAAUUGGCUGGAUAUUAUAUAAGUUUGCCAAAUUUUAGAUAUAAGGAGGCGUUUGACAAAUUUUAUCAAAAAAUCAAAACCACGAAGUAUAUCUUAGACUAUUUAAUUAAAUAUGAAUGGGACGACCCAUCUUACAAUCAGCUCCUUCAGUAUUUAUAUACAGCUCACUAUAUAUCGGAGGAGUAUGUAUUGGAGAAUGCACAUUUUAUUUGCAAACAGAUUAAGGAGUAUGACAAUUCUUCUCGCAAAGAAGACCAGAUGCUAAUUUCGCUUUCUUGUGUAAGAAGUUUGAUAGAAAUAUCAAACUUUCCGAUCAGCAGGAUCCCGAGAAUAAAAAAUGGUUACAUGGAUUAUACAAACUACCCAAAACGUACAAAAGCUGUGGCAACAAAGCUGGUCCACAACAUUUUUGACAAAUUAUUUUAUCAGGUCAACUUCAAAGACAAAUAUUGCGGCGUAUGUCCGAUAUGUCAGCAAAUAGACUGUGGCGAUUGUAUGGAAUGUAAAAGUAAACAGAAAUUCGGCGGCACCAAACCCGAUAAAACACGUUGCAAAAAGAAAAAGUGUUCUUCCACAAACGAUUCAGAUUCGAGCACCGACAGCUCAUCGGAGUCGUACACCUCGGACUCCGGCACCGACGAGGACUUCUUCUACAGGAAAAGGAACUUGUUUAACUAUAAAAUAGUGAACGGCGUUGAGUUUUUGGAGAGGCACGUCAAAAUUUUUGAAAAUAAGUCCUAUUACACCGCUGUUAAAGUUGGUAAGAUAAGACUGAGGUGUAAAAGUUCCCUCGACAAAGUUCGACGUAAUUUUAGGUAA